UAUUCCUUCCUUGUCCUUCAUGGCUUCGUCUGCCUGGUCCUCGCAGGUGCGUUCCCAUACCUGCUGUCACCAUGACGACCAUUCACCACAAGCAGAUGCUGCAGGAGCACUUGUCCAUGGAGUUCUCCAGCUCUCAAACCACCCACAUGCAGACCUUCUCCCAGACAACCAAGAUCAUGGGAGAGAAAGUCUUGACAAGAAAGUCCUCUAGCACAGUAGAGUUCUUCAGCCUGGUGACUCGAAGUACUAACCUCCCUGCCAGCGAGAAUGCCCCAGAGUUCAAGGAGAAAGUGCAGCCCAGAGGCUGAAGGUAUAAAUGCAUCUCCUCUGUGCCUUUUGCAGGGGAGAAAGCCGAGUUCUGAGCCUGGGUGCAGGGGAAUCCCAAACCCAACAUCUCUUGGAAAAGGGAGAGCGGCAUCCCCAUCAAGGAGUUUGCCAAGACAUUCUAUGACAGCAUUAACAAGGAGCAUGUGCUGAAGCUGGAACCACUGACCUCAGAUGACUCUGACAACUACACGUGCAUUGCAAGCAGUGACCAUGCAGACGCCAUUUACACAGUGUCCUUGGUAGUGACAGAGGAUCAAGAAAAACUAGAUUUCAAAAAGAUGUUGAAGAAGAGGGCUCCCCCUGCUCCCAAGAAGCAGCAGAGGAAGGUGACAGAUGAGAAAGAAAUGCUAGAAAUUUUGUCAAAGGUGCCCAAGAAGGAUUUUAAGAAGGUCUGCAUGGAAUAUGGUUUUACUGACUUCUGAGGGCUGCUUAAGAAGCUCAAAGAAAUGAAAAAGAAAGUGGAGGUGGAGGCCAUCCAGAUUUUGAAGCCCCUGGGAGAUAUUGAGACCAAGAUUGAUAUCACAGUGACAUUUGACUACAUCAUGGAGCUAAAGGGCCCCAAUGUCAAGAUGAUAUGGAUCAAGGAUAGUGAGCCGCUGAGGAUCCAGUGCUCCCUGGGCAAGUACGAUGCGAAACAGAUGGGCAACAAGCACAUGCUGGUUAUUACCAACAUGAACGACACCGGCAUCUACACCCCGGCUGUGGGUGACAAGAGGCUCAGUGCACAGCUCACCUUGCUGGAUGAACCACUGAAGUUCUUGAGAGAGAUGACGCCACUGAAAGUGACAGAGCGACAGACAGCUGUGUUUGAGAUCCGCUUCUCUAAGAAAGUGCCCAAUUUUGUGUGAAAGUUCAAUGGAAAGGAGCUGAAGAGGUAUGAAAAGUAUGAAAUCACAGUGUCUGAGGACGGUUUGAUGUAUACACUCAAGAUUAAAGAUGCUAGGCUCAGUGACAGUGGCGAGUUCUCUGCUGAGGCAGGAGACCUGAUACAGAAGGCCCAACUCACCAUGAGCCGAAUCCCCAUCAAGUUUGUGAGCACCCUCAAGAACGUCCAUGUGAAGAAGAAGAGCUGUGCGUGCCUGGAGUGUGAGCUGACGUCCAAGGAUGUGACACUCUGGAAGAAGGAUGGGAAGCCACUGGAGCGGAGCGCUAAGUAUAGCAUGAGCCAUGAGGGCAAGCGGGCAGAGCUGGUCAUUGAGGACACACAGCUCAGUGACGGUGGCAAGUACGUGGUGGCCAUGUAGGAUGGGGACCCCACUGAAUACUACACUAUAGCUAUGCUCACAGUGGAGGAGCAUCUGGCCACGGUCAGGAAGAAUGAUGUACAUGCAGCCACCGGGAGCCCCGCUGAGCUAUGUGUGGUACUGAACGAAGACAAGGUGGGCGUGCGGCUGAAGGAUGGCAAGGAGAUGACUCAGUUGCCACCGGGCAUGCAAAUUGUGAAGCAGGGUGCGGUGCACAAGCUCAUCUUCCCUCACAUGGACCCGGAGAAUGAGGGCAAGUACUCUUUCCAGGUCAAAGGCACAGAGAGUGAAGCCCCCUUAUUCAUCUAUUCAUCGCAGGUAGAUCUACCCACCAUCGACCCUUUGGUGCCGGAGGCGCUGGCUGCGCAUCUAGUCACGGUCAAGGUGGGCCAGACAACCAACAUCAAGGUGCCCUUCCGGGCAAAGCCACUGCCCAAAGUGACGUGGUAGAAAGAUGGCAUGGAGGUGAGAGAGGAACUCAUGACCAUGGAGUGUGAGGAUAACCACACGCUGCUGACCAUUUCUCACUAUGUGCGUGAGGACAGCAGCAUGGUGCUGCUCAAGCUCAAACAAACCCACGGCUCAGCCACAGCCACAGCCACUCUGCACCUCAGAGUGCUGGAUCAUCCCAAGCCUCCACAGGGCCGAGUGGAGUUCCUAGAGCUGGCGGGUAAUUGUGUGCACAUGAAGUGGAAGGCCCCGAAGGACAACAGCGAGCGACCUGUGACACAGUUCGUAGUGGAACGGAGAGCAGUUGCCAAGAAGGCCUGGAUUAAGAUAGGUGAGGUGGACAGCAAAGACACCAGUUCUCCACCACCAAUAGAAGAGGGAAAAGCCUACCAGUUUCAUAUCCUGGCAGUCAACUCAGAGGGAGGGAGUGACCCGCUGGAGACAGAUGAAGUAUUUGUAGGAAAUCCCAUAGAGCCCCUUGGUCUUGCCUCCCAACCUCAAGUGACUGAUGUGACCAAAGAGGCAGUGACCAUCCCAUGGAAUGCUCCCUCACAGGAUGGGGGAUCCCCAGCUGGCUACAUUGUGGAACGGAGAAAGAAAGGCAGUAACUUAUGGGUACCUGUCAACAAGGACCCCAUUCAGGAUGAGGGGCUAGGGGCAAAGGUUCAUGAGGGACCCUGGGGGCUUUAAUGGGUCAACCUAUGUACCUCUGCUAAUCUGAGCAUACUCCCUCCCCCAACUUUUUUUUUGGAGGGAAGGGGCUUAAAAUCAUUACAUGAAACUUCUUAUCUUCCAUAUCAGUCUAUGGUCUCCUCUACAUCCUUUGGCUUUAUGACCCCUCACAUUUUUAUUUCAGACACCAAGUGCACUGUGGAUGGGCUCCUGGAAGACACAGAGUAUGAAUUCUGAGUUAUAGGUGUAAACAAGGCAGGCCUCGGACAGCCCAGCAUCCCAUCCAACUCAGUGGUGGCCAAAGAUCCCAUUAGUUAGUAUGAAGCUAUCAGACACCAACACAAUGUGGGAUUAGCUCAUUCAAGAUAAUAAAAAAAAUUUUUUAAUUUAAAAAUUAAAAAACUUUUGUAGGAAAGUCUAGCA